AUGGUUCUACGGGACAGUUUGGGUAAGAUCAUUUUCUCAUCAUGCAGAGAACUGAGAGCAUGUGCAGAACCUUUAGAAGCCGAACUUCUAUCCUGCCUGGAAGGUUUGAACCUUGCCUUGCAGUGGACGCAGCUACCUAUUGAAGUGGAGACAGACUGUCGUGUUGCUCUUAAGAUGAUCACAGCAGUGGACAGAGAUCGAUCCCGUUACUCCAUGCUGGUUGAUCAGAUCAGGAGGCUUAUGUCGGAAGGGAGAGUAGUUAAGCUAGCUCAUAUUUGUAGGGAGCAGAAUAGCAUCAGUCAUUAUCUAGCUAGCUUUGGUAGAACUGAAUGCCGCACGGUUGUAUGGCUGGGGUCGGGGCCAGGCAAUGUCCCUGAUCUAUGUAAGACUGAUUAUGCUCUUGACUGA